CAACUUGCCAAUUAAUAAGAUUUUUUCUCCCCAAAAUUCAAAGAGUCAAAUUCUCGUUCUACACAAAAAGCCUCUUUUGCUAUCUCUUCAACUUCCUCGAUUAAGAACCAGAGUUAGGGUUACCGGACUGAUUUUUUGAAGCUCAGAUUUCUUUCGCAGUGAUUUUUUAACUUGAUUCUGUGGUGAGUUUUCUGGCGAGUUUCGGUUGGCUGAGCAGUAGUUAGCUGGAGAGCCUGCUCUCAUUUGUUUUUUUAUUGAUUUGGAUUGGUGGAUCCACUCUGUAAACUAGAGUUGCUUAGUAAUUGAAAUCACAAAAGAGGAGAUCGAAGCUUGGUGACGACUUUUUGUUGUUUUUCAGCCUUAGCUUCGAGAUUUAGAGGAUUGGGGGUGUUGGUGUGUUUUAGCUGAUUUGUUAUUUUUGAUUUGCCUAUUUUGAAAAUUUUAACUCGUAGUGACUUCGUAUUUGGCUGAAAUUACUUCUUCAUUUUGGCGUGUGCUAGACUUUGUUCUUGCAGAGCUAUGCGCUCUGCUUUUUCGUCAUCUUUUAAGUGAUUCCUGAUGCUAGUAACUUGACUUCAUUGGAAUUUAUUUUUCCUCAUUUUCUUUGUUGAUAUUCGAUCCUUUCUUGUUAUGUUAUUUCCUUCUAUCUGUUUGGGAAGGUUAUUGAGGUUUCAAUAAGUGAAUUCUAAUAUUUUUUGGUUUCAUUGAAUAUUUUGCGGGUUCUUUGAUGGAUGGAAAGGGAAGAUUCAGAACUAAGUAUGAAGAAAACAACAUAUGGUCUGACUGCAGGUUAAGGAUUCAAGGAAUGUCAGACUUGUUGGCGCAUGAGUGUGUAGACAUUGCUUGGGAUGAUUUCUUCUUGGAUGAUGACCAUACAGUUCCCCAUCAUGGUUCCAAUAUGCCCGCCGAUCAUUCAAACAACAAGAUGUGUCGCUUUGAUGUAGCUAAUACUUCGAAUAAGACUGGAGGAUCUGCCACUAAUUAUAUUGAUCAUAGAAAGGAGAAAAGUGAAAUUUCAUCUCUGAGUAUUACAAAGGUGAAUAUGUUGGAGAAGAAUUCAUGGUCCCGCAGUGGUCCAUUUAUUUCUGGAUUGGACAAAGAACUAAACAAAGAGGCAUCAAGUUUAGCUUGUGAUAGUACCAUGUCAUUGCCUCAUGGCUUGAAGAGCAACAACAGAGACUUAAAUCGUAGUGAACUUCUUAAGCACGAUGCCAUUGUCAAUAACAAUACCAGUCUAGUUGAUGAUAGCCCAUUCAGUUUCCUGAUUGGUGACGCAAAUCAUACCAGCAAUGACAAUAGUUUCUUUGAACAUGCUCAGAACAAAGAUUCCAGUGAUCUUCUGUAUGGUGGUUGGUCUGAAAUAGAGAACUUUGAUGAUAUUGACAGGAUAUUUAGUGAUUCAACGUUAUACCUUGGGGUGAAUAAAGAAGAUGAGUUCAGUUGGUUAUCAUCAGCAGAUUCAGCACCUUAUAUAGGUGGGCCCAGGGAUACUCUAAAGUCAGAUGCUAAGUUCCCAUUUAAUGAUCCAAACGAGGUCAAAACAACUAUUUCAGAGAAUCAUGACUUUUCAAAUGGAAACUCCCCAAAUAAUUUUGCCAUGGAAAAUCCUAUUAGAAUCAAGGACUGUUCUUGGACCUUAGAAAAGUCUGAUUCUUUUAUGUCUUUUUUGACUGGGCCUGAUCUUGACGAUAGAAAAGAUGGUGUGGGAAAAGGAUCCAAUGCAAAUAUACAAACGGGAAUUUCAACUAGAAGCCAUUCCAGAGCCGGCGAUCCUGCAGGGACCAAUGAGCACAAAAAACAGAUCAAGCUGCAGAGUCAAUCUGAGGGUAAAGUGCAUUGCCCUGAAAAUGGUGGUCACGCUCAGAUUAGUGAUCUGCAAAAUGAAAUCAUGAAUCCUUGUUCUGGCUUGACUUCUGACGAGGCUUUGGCAUCAGUUCAUGUUCAACAACAGCAACAUACUCCGGCUUCUGAUUCAAAUAGCUGUUUGGAGAAUCCAAUCUCUAACAUCCAUACAAAGGGUAGCCAUCUGUCUGAUCCAUCUUCAGUAAAUCUAGAAGUAUCAAUGGUCAAAACUGAGACCAAUGACUUCACAUCCAUUUCUUCAAAGGACUCCCGUCAGGCAUUGGGCCAAUUGCAAUAUAUGGACGGUUUUCCUGGCUCUCCUUUUAAGGAAACUGGUCUAAUAGCAUGUGGACAAAGAGAAAAGUUAGAAGGUUAUCGAGGCAACUUAUCCCCUGAACUUGCCAGCCUCGGAAAUGGAAGUGUGGCCAUCCAGGCCACGAUCUCUGAUCCUGCCUUAGUAGGGACAUAUGAGAAUAACUGUGAUCUCCAAGGAGUUAGCUCAGUUACUGCAACAGAAACGGAUUCCUCAUAUAUGCAUGAAAGCUCAACAGUGGUUCCAGAUUUGGAUGAUAUUUCACUGGAAGCAGCUAGUUUUCAUCAGCUCCAACUUGUUACGAAACAGUUGGAUUUAAGGACAAAGUUAUGCAUAAGGGACAGUUUAUACCGUUUGGCUCAGAGUGCUGAACAAAGACGCAGGAAUUCAAACUUGAAUGAUAGCUUUGGAGAUGAAAGAGAUGCUGGUGGAGCAUCUGAGGCUGAAGGAACAAAUAGGGGCACUGCUUUCAUGGAUAUGGAAACAGAUACGAACCCUAUGGAUCGCUCGGUAGCACACUUAUUGUUUCACAGACCUACAGAUUCAUCUACCACUCCUUCCCGUGACUCAUUUAGUUUCAAGUUGCCUAAUGUGGUUCAUGGGUCUGCUGCAAGUCCACCGGUAUUGGCCAACAGUUUGGAGAGUGAAACAAAGGUGUCUGAGGUAUAAAAGGUACGUGUGACUGCCGAGAACAAAAUGCUCGAGUGAAUAUGGUAAAACGGAUGUAAAUUAUCAUGCUUGAAUAUUCGUUCAGGCUUAGUUAAGUUAGCACACACCAUGUAUAGAAAGUGCAUUAGAUCACAGCAAAUUCCAUCAAAUUUUUGUAAUGUUCUUAUUUUCUUGCUUUGGGUAUAUUAUGGCGAUUGAUUUUUAGCUGCUGAUGUUGUUGUACUAACUGCCGAGAGAGACUUCAUCACUGGUUUGUUCACACUUGUUACUUUCUUGUGUAUUAUGUCGUCGAGAUGAAUACAGAUUUCUUCGAUUUCAA